ACAGGUGGAAAUGUCCAGACAACACCCACAUCUUGAUUACUUUUUGUUUAGUUCCUACACAACCUAACACUGAGUUAGUAUAGUUUCAGUGAAUUUAUAUAAUACAUCGUACUAUUUGGUACCGCUUUCGAAAAAUAUGAAACUGAUAUUUUUAAUCCUUCCUAUUCUUGUCACGGAGUGUUUAGGAUGUAGUAAUUUUUGUCGCAAUAACUCAGAUUAUAAUUACAACUUGUAUAGAAGACGAUACCCAAGUUAUUAUGUACAAACAAUCAAUUGUACGAUUACUUGUUCCAACAUUUAUACCAUUAGUGACAUAUUUUGGAAUUACAAAGAACAAUUCUACGAUCAGUUUUUAAAAAUCGACGAUUCUAACAUCACCACGCUUCAUUCAAAUGAGCUGUCUAAGUUUACAACGAUCCUGAAGUUGUUUCUGAGCAACAAUCACAUUCAAACCAUUUUACCGGGGGCCUUUACUGGAUUGACGAAACUGAAGGAGUUGUACCUUGACAAUAACAAUUUGUCUGAAAUUUCAAAAGGAAUAUUCACGUCUUUACACCGGUUGGAAAUUUUAGAUUUAAGUGAAAAUAACUUAGUGCGGAUUGAACAAUAUGCACUUAUGGGUGUGUCUGACCUGAAAACGUUAUACUUGCAGAACAACAAGUUGUCACAACUGGACGACAAUAUUUUUGACAAAUUAAGCCAGUUGUCGGAUAUAGAUUUAUCAGGAAAUCCUUUAAUUAAAGUACCAAAUUUGCCUUUAACAGGUUUAAAUUAUCUAAAUUUAGGUAAUACUUCCUUGAAAGACGUUUCAAUUUUGCCAGAGUUGAAUUCAACUAUGAAAGUUUUAAAUUUAACAUCGAGUCAUUUAGACAGAGUCGAUUUUUCAAAAUUUCGGAAUGUUGAAACCCUAGAUGUGUCUAACAAUAACUUAAGUACUUUAGAAAACUUUCAAAAUUUUCAGGUGGACACUCUUGAUCUUAGUAAUAACAAAAUUAGGUUUAUAAAUGGUGGGUUUAAAAAGUUGUUGAGUCUGAAUAUGGCAAAUAAUCAGUUGGAAAUCGUAAACAAUACGUUGUUCAACGACUCAAAAUCCAUGUUAGUUAUACACCUGGGUUUCAAUAAUAUUUCUCUAAUCGAAAAAGAUGCGUUUCGGGACUUGUCACGUUUACGAUAUUUAUUCCUUCAGAGUAAUACUCUUACUAAAAUUGAACCAAGGUUAUUCAAAGACUUAACUAGUUUAAUGUAUCUUUCCCUUGCAAAUAAUUCUAUGGAGGAACUUCAACACGGAACAUUCGAAAAUUUAAAAUCUUUACUAGUUUUAGACAUCUCCUAUAAUAAAAUCCUGGAGUUGCAUCCCUACAAUUUCUACUCGUUACAAAAGCUGCAAUUGGUAGAUUUCAGUUUCAACAAAAUUUCUUCGUUCGAUGUAGACGAUAUGAGUAAACAUCUUUCUUCGCUUAAGAACAUUUCACUGAACGGUAAUUCUUGGAAGUGUAGACAACUGAUACAAAUGAGUCAGUCCUUAAACCAAAUGGGAAUAACUAUCAAAGAAGGCAAUUCUUAUGACGUUGAAAAUUUUCAUGGCGUUGCUUGUCAAAAUGAUAAAAUUUCGUCGCAAGAAAAUAUCCCCGAUGUUUCAAUGAAACAGUUGUUCGACGAAUUUCAAAAUCUUCUCAACGAAACUUUGAACAAAUUCGAAUUUCAACGUUUCCUGAACGAAGAUUUUGAGAAUUCUAAUUUCGUUAAGUUCUUUAGGGAAAAUUACAACGAAACCAAUUUUGUCAAAUUUUUUUCUGAUUACAAUAGUUCUAAAAGUGUGGUUAGUGAGAAACCUGCAUUAUCUGCGUUAGUUGCAGCUCCACCAGUUAAUACUAGUAAUAGCUUAGUGACAAUAAGUAUAAUAUUGCAGUUUGUCAUGUGUUCUUUAUUAAUUUUUAUGGUUUAUUUAAUGUUGACUUAUCUCAAGGCUUUUCGAAAGACAAGGAAUAAUCACCAAAUUUCGCAAGUAGAACUGUGUUCUGAUUAUUAAGUUAGUUUUAAUAAAAUCGUUGUACUCUAAGUUUGUAUAUAAAAUAUAAUAAACUAUGUUAUUUAUAA